CGAGCAAACUUGUAAACUCAAUUGCAUGGUAGUAAAAAUGAAUACGAAAACGUUUAUUGUAUGGUUUCUUUUGGUAGCGGCGGUUGUUGUAGCUGUUGCGGCAGAGACUUCCGUGGAUGACAAGAAACAAGGUGAAAAGCAAGUAGAGAUACCAACCGUAGAAGGAAAAAACGACGCUAAGGAUAGUCUCAAUAAAGGAGACGUUGGUGUUGAGGCUACCGUUGAGAAAGAGGAAGAAAACAAUUAUGAAAUUGAUCAACAUGGUGGGGGAUGGAAGGGAGGCGGCGGCCAUGGUGGGGGAUGGAAAGGAGGCGGCGGCCAUGGUGGGGGAUGGAAAGGAGGCGGUGGCCAUGGUGGGGGAUGGAAGGGAGGCGGUGGCCAUGGUGGGGGAUGGAAAGGAGGAGGUGGUGGUCGAGGAGGUGGUGGUGGAGGCGGUGCUGAGUUAGAGACCGUAGAAAUAGAUAGUGCGUCAGAUGAGGAUGUACAAAAUUAUAGAGGUGGCCAUGGCGGAGGAUGGAAGGAAGGCGGUGGCCAAGGUGGAGGAUGGAAAGGAGGCGGUGGCCAAGGUGGAGGAUGGAAAGGAGGCGGUGGCCAAGGUGGAGGAUGGAAGGGAGGCGGUGGCCAAGGCGGAGGAUGGAAGGGAGGCGGUGGCCAAGGCGGAGGAUGGAAAGGAGGAGGUGGCCAAGGCGGAGGAUGGAAAGGAGGCGGUGGCCGAGGAGGUGGCGGUGGAGGUGGUGCUGAGUUAGAAAACGAAGAAAUAAAUGGUGCCUCAGAAGAGAUUCAAUGGCAAGGAGGCGGAGGUGGACAUGGCGGAGGAUGGCAAGGAGGCGGAGGUGGACAUGGCGGAGGAUGGCAGGGAGGUGGAGGAGGACAUGGCGGAGGAUGGCAGGGAGGUGGUGGACGAGGAGGAGGAUGGAAAGGAGGUGGUGGACAUGGCGGAGGAUGGCAGGGAGGCGGUGGAAGAGGUGGAGGAUGGAAAGGAGGCGGUGGCGGCGGAGGAUGGAGAGGAGGCGGUGGCGGAGGAGGAUGGAGAGGAGGCGGUGGCGGCGGAGGAUAGAGUAAUCGACCGUCUCUACUCAUCUGAAAACCAAAUAUUAUGAGUAGAAAUAUUAGUGUAAGCAAAUGGUAAACUAUAAUAAACAAAUAACGUCUCAUGCACGGUUUACCGAUGCAUUAAGCCACCUUACGUAGCCUAGCUCAAAGCCUUAACUGUCAUGUAAGUUAUAUCUGUUGCUCUUCGUAUAAUCAAAGAUAAGUGAAUAUUAAAACUUCGAACAAA